AUGGACCUGUUCCAGUGGAGCUUACUGCUAUUUAGCAUCUUGGUAAUUGGGAUCUCUCUCUUUUACCGAUGGAGCACCACCUUCAAUUUCUACUGCAAGAUGGCUUUGUUUUUUGGCUGGUGUACAUACUGGGCAGCCAACAUGAGCAUUUUCCUGUCUCCAUUCCUGCGGAGGAAUCCAGAUCAUAUGAAGUUAUUACGCAACUUUACUUGGCCACUCAAACAUCUCUAUGGCAUCAAGAUAGCAGUGCAAGGCUCUGAGCACUUGAACACGAAGGAGCCGUAUGUGAUGGUGUGCAACCACCAGACCUACCUUGACCUCUUGGGGAUGAUGGAGGUACUCCCAGAUCGCUGUGUCCCUGUGGCCAAAAAGGAGGUGAUGUAUUUGGGCCCGGUGGGUCAUGCCUGCUGGCUGGCUGGCAUGAUAUUCAUCGAUCGCAGGAAGAAGGAUGAGGCCAGAGAGAUCUUAAGGCAGGCUGCACAGUCCAUGUGGCAUGAGAACAUGAGGAUCUGGGUUUAUCCAGAAGGAACCAGGAACAAAGGGAAAACCCUCCUGCCCUUCAAACGGGGGGCUUUUCAUCUUGCUGUGCAGGCCCAGGUCCCCAUCAUUCCCGUUGUGAUCUCUUCUUAUCAGAACUUCUACUCUUCCAAAGAGAAGCGGUUCACUGCCGGGAAUCUUACAAUCCGGAUUUUGCCCAAGGUAGAAACGAAAGACCUUGGUCCAGAAGACAUCACAGCGCUUACAGACAGCAUCCACAAAAGGAUGCAGGACACUUAUAAUGAAAUCUGUGGGGAAACGAGUAGGGGGAAGGAUGCCAAACCAUGA